AUGCAUGGCAACACCCCCGCGCCGGUGCAGGACGAAGGAAACGUUCGCGGCAUUUUGUUCAGAAGCGCAGAUCGCGGAUGGCUCAGAACGCGUGCGUCGUCAUCCCGACUGCAAUGGAACGGUCAUAUCGUGAAACCAAGUGACUUUUACCGGAGACGAAAGGAUUCUUUGGUCACAGUGUGUCUCAUUCAUACGAGUGCUGCCUGUGCAUACAUAGUUCCCCAAGUUCCCCAGUGGGGUCUCGCGAGUGUGCUCCAAAGCCGGUAUAUAACGCGGGAAACAGAACAAAACGUUCCCGAAAAAAAGAGCCCCUGCUGGCAGAGGAAAACAACACUCACAAACAAAACAAAAGAAGAAGGCAAAAUGUGUCCACCAGGCACCGUGUUCCGUCGGGCAGAGCGCAGCAAAAGCGUCAGUUUCGCCAGCAACGAGCUCAUCGGACUCGACGAGGAGGCGGAAUACUGGGAAGGCGGCGGCGGGAAUAAUGCGGCGGCGGAUUUGUUGUUGCGGCCGGCGCCACUGCAGCAGCAGCAGCAGCAGCAGCUGAUGACGAUGUCGGCGCCGGUGCGGCGGAAGCGGCUGGAGCGGAACUUGUCCGCCCAGCCGGUGUUGUACGAGGAGAACGAGGCCGGAAGUGAGGACGAGACGCGACGAGCCCAGGCGCAACGGCAGUCGGACUGCAGGCGGAAGUUGGUGGACGAGCGGCGGAAGUUCAUGCGGGAGAUCCGGCAGUUGAUUGCCCAGGAGAAGCGCAAGUUGGAGGAGGAGGAGCAGCUCAGGCAGGCGCUCAAGACGUCCAAGACCAGUGUCAUUUCCAACGUGACAGAGCCAAUGAACCUCGCAGCCAUUGUUUGCGCCAUCGGGCUCUUUUACGUGCUGCAGCCCAACAUGGAGCAACGGCGAGAGGCGACAUCUCUGGAUCCCGUGCGCAGUUUGUGCUACGUCCUAACCUUCGCCACGGAAUUCGGAUCCCAAAUCUGGAUGACCUUCGUUUCUGGCAUCGCGCUGUUUUUCCAGGUUCCGAGACACGUUUUUGGCAAAGUGCAGAGAGUCCUGUUCCCCUUGUAUUUUCUGCUGAACUCGAUCUGGGCCUUCGUCGUAUUGGCGAUGUACAAGGGCUUGCUGGCUGAUAAAACUUGGGCUUCGCAGCGUUCUCAAAGACAUGAGCAAGCACCGCAUUUUUUCCAGUGUUUUCUGGAGCAGAUCAACAGCCAGGUCCUGAUCCUGGCCAUGGCCUUCGUCCUGCAGGCGUACGUCCGCCUCUUCCUAUCCCCGUCCCUCGUGAAGCUCAUCGACUCCAAGUCGGUCAUGGAAAAGGCGGCUGGCGUCGGCAGAGAAGUCGGCAAAUACGAGUUUGGCGAGCUGAAACGGUGUCCGCACUUCAUGCGCAUGCAUCGGGGCUUCAGACGCAUCCACACGCUCAUCGCAGCCUGCAACAUGCUCGCCAUGUGUCUCAACUGCAUGCACUUGUACCACUUGUCCUGCAUAGUGUCAAUUCACUUGAAUUGAGACAAGAAAGAAAAGAAAAACAAAGAAAAAUUAGAGAGGUUUGGAUAAAGGCGAGCAAUUGGCGGUCCAGUGAAGUUCACAAUGGCAGGUCUCUCUGAAGCUGCAGCAAAAAAAAAAGAAAAAUCAACAUAUACAGUGAGACAACCCCAAGAUGCAGACAUAAUUGGUGCAUCAAGAGUGUCCCCAAGACAAAAAUUCCCUAAGUUGAAUCUCAUUUUCCCUUAGACUUACAUUAUAUAAUUUUUAAUUGGUGUUACAUGCACAAAAUACUCACCAGCAUAAUUCCCUGAAAAUAAAAAUGGUCUCCCAAUUUAAACUGAUUCAAUCAAUAUAUUUCAACGCAAUAUGGACAUUUGGAGAAUGGAAUACUGAUACUUCUUUACAGUACACAGAGAUGUUGGCAUUCUCUGUUAAAAUAACAUUCAAGUGAAAAAGAGAGAAGGAAGUCCCUCUUUCGUGGAGGUAUUUUUAUAAUUAGCUAAAUGGUGGUAAAUUGGUGAGAGAAAUGCACAAGAACUUUUCUUACAUCAACUUUAGGGUUGGAAAUAUUUGUUUCUUGUAAUUUUGCCUGAAACGUAUUUGCAAUUUUAUAACAAAAUGUCCCUAUGUUUAGUCAGUGUCCUCAUGUAUGAGCCUUUUUCAUAAUUUUUUUAAUGAGAAAAUAAGUGUCCCUAUGUUGAAUUUUCCACACACUGUCAUUAGUAAAUUAUUUGCAAUUACUUAAUUUAAUUAGUAACAUUAAAAUUACCCAGGCAAUCUUCACACUGGAGUCAAACUUGGUGACGGCCAAUCAAUCAAACCCCAAUUUAGUGCCAUCAUUAUUUGUCAUUUCUCAUUUUGUGGCACUAAAUCAGGAGCAUUUUAUCAGAGGAAAACUUAGUUCAGGUCUUCUGCUAAAGGUAAAAUGUUGCGCCUUUUUUAUGAUUUCUUUAUUGAAUAAAAUGUUCCCAUGUCAAAUUGCCCCCAUGUCAAGGUGUCUGCAUGUGGGGGUCUCACUGUAAUUGUCUCAUCCCAGAGUUAUUUUCAUUGUUUUCUAGAUGCAUGAACAUUUUACUUCCUAUUAUCAUUUUACCUUUUCUGAUAAACCAUCAAUCCUGUUAAACUGCCACAAACCUGUAUUUUAUUUUCCUUUUUUAAAACACAAACAUUUUGUCCCAUCUGUUUAUAAGUGAAGAAUAUGUUGCAUCCAUCUACCUCCUGUGAAUUAAUGGGACUCCGUUUCUCAUGGCAUAAUGUCUCAAAAAAUUCAUGACACAAGCCCCUUUAAAAAAAAUAUCAAAAUGGCAACUCACUUUAUUUCAGGGUUGUCGAAAAAUCCGUCCACGGAAAAGACAGCGCUUCACUGUCACACAUCAGAAAUCGAAAAAAAUCCUCUUGACCAGCCAACGUGAACUCGCUGAAUUUUAAGUUAUUUGAACUCCAAUUCCAGAAGGAAAAGCAGCUGGGAUGAAAACUUUUCGAGCGAAGAUUUAAAAAAAUUGAAAAAAAGGAAGCUUAGCUUGCAAAAAAGAAAAAAAUUCACGCCAAAGUCGAACAUCCCAGCGGUUGACCCAUAUGGAAAAGAAGUCACUUAGGUGCGCUGGAAAUCCUUGCGGAAAGAGAGAAAAAAAAAAGAAAUUCUUUUUUCUGGAACCGACUUUUUGACGUUUUUACAAUUUUUUGGAAUCCGUGGAGGCGCUGAGGUGAAUCGGAUGUUACCCCAAGAGAAAGAAAAAAAAAAAAGAAGACAGAACUAAAACUCUUCCCAAGGGAAAAACGGUUGAAACUUUCGUUCCUUUUUCGAAAAAGACAAAAUUUUUUUAUUUUAGGAAAGUGAAGACCAUUUUUUUUUUUGUUGCUCGGCAGUGAUGCUGCACUCUCGAGCAAAGCCCCCCGAGGGGUGUGUUUGUUUCAAGGAAUUGUAGCCCAUCCAAGUCACUUUCUCCAAAGAGUGGAGUGUGCGUAGGGUUUUUCUGCACUUUUCAGCAUCGUGUCGGUAGGACUGAUGUCCCAUUUUUUGCGCAUUUGCAUCAGCCUCGCGUUAUGCCAAGUUGCUGUUGAUCAUGGUUGUACAUACAUAGUGUGUUGAAAUGCAAAAAAUUCGCAUGCGGAAUUAUAAAAGAAAACAAUUAUUUCUGGAUAUAACCAAA